CAGUUAGCACGCGACCUGGGAGUCUCACCAAGCUGAAAGCCUCCAAUCAGGAAACCGCAAUCCAUAAAUCGGCAGGAGAAAGAGGUAAAAGACCCAAGGGAGGAAAGCAUCCGGCACUGUGCGAAGGGAGCUCUUGCCAUCCACACCACAGCACACCAAAGCCAAGAGGCCGAAGAGAGGCAGAGACCACCACAAGAAAAAGGAGAAAUCUUGGAGCCGAUUUGCUGUGGAGGUUCGGGCGCGUGAUCUGAUCGGAUCUUGCUUUCCUGGGUGGCGAUGGUGCUGUGAUGUGGCGGGCGCUACGUGCCAUGGUGUUCGCCUAUAUCCUCCUACCUGCUGCCCCGGAGAUGCCGCAUUAGCCACCAAGCAACUGCUCCACCGCACCUCUCUUCCCGCGGCGACACGGAAGAAGGAGAGAGGCUCUGUGGAUUCGUUCCGUCCCUAGUUCUUGUCGCACCAUGACGGUGGUUGAUACCGAGUCCCGGUUCCAUGUUCUUGCGGUGGAUGACAGCCUUAUCGACAGGAAGCUCAUCGAGAUGCUGCUCAAGAAUUCGUCCUACCAAGUGACUACUGUCGAUUCUGGGAGUAAGGCCUUGGAAGUGUUGGGAUUAAGGAAUGAAGGGCAAGACUCGUCAUCGCCUUCUUCCUCCUCCCCUGACCACCAGGAGAUAGAUGUGAAUCUGAUCAUCACUGACUACUGCAUGCCUGGCAUGACAGGGUAUGAUCUGCUGAAGAGGGUCAAGGGGUCAUCCUCGUUGAAGGACAUUCCAGUGGUGAUCAUGUCUUCUGAGAAUGUGCCUGCCAGGAUCAACAGGUGCUUGGAAGAUGGUGCAGAGGAGUUCUUUCUGAAACCUGUCAAGCUCGCUGACAUGAAGAAGCUCAAGUCUCAUCUGCUGAAAAGGAAGCAGCCCAAGUCUCAGCCACUACAGAUACAGCCAGAGGCUGAGCAGCCGGAACAACCGGCGCACGAGCAGGAGGAAGCAGUAGCAGAAGUGACUGCUGAUGGAACCAUCAGCGACUGCAGCGGUAACAAGAGGAAGGCGGCGGCAAUGGAGCAGGAUGGGCUCUCGUCGCCGGAGAGUACGAAGCCAAGACUGUCGAAUAGCAGCUUGGCAGUGGAGACCUGACGCUGAAUUAAUUAACUGUAGAGAAGCCCCCACUAAGCAUUUUCUUCUUUCUUUUGCUGUUUUUUUAGGGGGUAAUCAUGGAAUGGAAAAAAUUUCGGCAUACUGCUUGUAUAGCUGCUUCGGUCCACAAAUUUUGUCGUGCUCAGGGUCAGGACAGGACAGGACACCCCUCUUGUAGAUAAAGGCAGCAGCGCCUUGGAUGCUUUUGUUUAGGCUAAUCUAAAUUUUAUGGGUCAUUAUGCUA